AUUAUUACAUGUUAGACAUCAGGACUCGAGGUUCAGCAAUUUCCACAGUAAACAAAUGGUUUCCUGAUCAUCCCACAAUAAGUUCAAAUGUUGAAUCUUUUGCAUUACAAUCUUUAAAACAACUUUGUGAUGAAACUCCGCCUCCAUUAUUUGAUUAUCAUUAUCAUGUUGAUAGUAUGACAGACACAAAAAUGGUUACAGAGGAAGAAAACGAACCGUCAAAAUGGAAUAAUCACGAUGUUGAACGUCAUUUGGACUUAUUUCUUUCUCUAUGCUCAAAGAAAAGUGAACUAUUUGAUUUGUUACUUUCAAUAUACGUCAAUACACCUGAAUCAAUGCAAAUAUUAAUUCGAAAAAAUGCAUUUAAAAUGGUUGAAACAAUCGGAAUAAAUGGGUUAUUGAACCUUUUCCGUACUUUUCCAGAUGGUUCUGAAGAUUUUGUUUUGAAAAUAUUGGUGGUUUAUACGAAUAAACAAGCGACACCACCUGCUCAGUUAGUUAAUACUGCAAAAUCAGUGAUAAUGCAAAGGAAUUUGGAUGGAAGAUUUCUUUUCCCUAUAAUUGCUUUUUUUGAAAAGGGUGAAAUAAUGCGUAAUCUUCCUAAAGUGAUUGCUACUCUUGAUGCAACAGAUAAACAACGAGAUAUAGUAAAAAAAGUGUUUCGAAAAAUUUUGACACCACCACCAAGUGGUACCACACCAAUGACACCGAGCGAGUUACUGGUUUCAUUACAUCAAAUGGAUAAAGAUGGUGUAUCAUUGAAACAGUCAGUUGAAG